CCCACCCUCUGACCGAAGUACUACUACUUCCCAUCCCGUAGCCCAGGAGGACGGCGGUGACGGCGCCGGCGAUCAGAUCCAGUGCUCCUCGGCGGCGGCGGCGGCGGCGGCGGUCAUGUGGUCGACGGCGUCCUCGUGCUGGGCCCGCCACCACAUACGCCUCCUUCUCCCGGCCCUCUUCCUCGCCCCCGCCCUCUUCUUCCUCCUCGCCUCUCCGCGCUCCUCCGCACCCUUCUUCGCCCUACCCGCCUCCAGGGAGCGCUCGCCCCUGGGGUCGCGGCUCAUAUGGGCGCAGCGGCGGGUGGCGGAGUGGCGGCCGUGCGGGUGGUGGCGGACGGCAAUGCCCGCACCGCCUACGAGGAACGGGUACAUCCGGGUAGAUUGCUACGGCGGGCUCAACCAGCUGCGGCGCGACCUAUGCGAUGGGAUUGCGGUGGCGCGUCUUCUGAACGCGACGAUGGUUCUGCCCAAGUUCCAGGUUGCGGCAUACUGGAAUGAGUCUAGUGGUUUUGCAGAUGUGUUUGACGUUGAUUACUUCAUUGAGCAGACCAGAGGCUAUGUUGAAGUGGUGAAGGAGAUGCCUGAGGAGAUAUCACUGAAAGAGCCCGUUAACGUUGACUGCCGAAAAAGGAAAGGGCAUUUUGAUUAUGUCGAAACAGUGCUCCCGGCUCUUUUGGAGCAUCGCUAUAUUUCUCUGACACCUGCCGUGAGCCAAAGAAAAGAUAGAUAUCCAUCAUAUGCGAAAGCUUCUUACUGCCAAGGUUGCUACAAUGCACUCCGUCUGAACAAGAAGGUGGAAGCCAAAGCUAUUGAGCUUCUUGAAGCCAUACCAAAACCUUUUUUAUCCCUUCACCUUAGAUUUGAACCAGAUAUGGUUGCCUACAGUCGAUGUGAAUACAGUGGCCUUUCCUCCAAAUCAAUGGAAGCAAUUGAAGCUGCGCGUGGGCAAGAUAGGAAUGUAUUGAUUGGUGAUGCUGCUCGUUUGUGGAGGAACCGAGGAAAGUGCCCUCUAACACCAAGUGAAACAGCCUUUAUCCUCCAAGCACUAGGAAUUCCUACACAUACAAACAUUUAUUUAGCUGCUGGCGAUGGGCUAAUGGAACUAGAUGGCUUCACUUCAGUCUACAAAAACAUGUAUACUAAAUCGUCUCUCCUGACCCAUGAAGAUUUUGAGAGGAUGCAUGGCAAUACUAAAGCUGCUCUCGACUACUAUGUUUCAGUCAACAGUGACACUUACGUUGCCACGUUCUUUGGAAAUAUGGAUAAGAUGGUAACUGCAAUGAGAACAGUGCAAGGGCUACAGAAGACUUUGAUAUUGAGUAGGAGGGCCUUCGCAAACUACACGGCUGCUGGACUGGCAGAGGACCAACUAGCUAAGGCCAUGUGGGAUGCUCAUCGAGAAGACUAUAUCAUGGGGAGGGGAUCUGCUCUGCCCGAGCAUUGCUUCUGUGAGUUCAAGUUGUAGCACAUCUGAGCCCAUAUAACACGAAGGCCGCCUUUGGAUCAGUAGCAACUAAUGCAUCACGUUCUCAUUGAGUUGCUACUGCAAUGAGAGUAAUGCCCAGGCUUUGGAAGAACUAUUCUUUAUCUGGGACUUCGCAAGCUGACGAGUGUCUUGGUUGAAAGGGCUACUGUCACUCAUACAGGCAUGCAUCAUGGAUACUUUUUUCGGUGAGUUCAAUUAGUAGCACAUACAUGUACACGCACACUUCCUUUGAGUUUGCUCUUAGACUGCUUAGAGGGUCAUGUAAGAAAUAGUUGACCUAGAGAAUCUCUCUGAAAUAUCCUUUUCCAACUGGAUAGCAAAGGCCCCAGUUCUUAAAAUUUGAGGGGUUUAGAUAAGUUGAAAAUUUUGUUCAUGGAUGACCAACAAGGGGAAAAAUUUCAGUGCUAAAUAUGUUGUACAAUGUUUGAAAAUUUCUGCAGUGCUCAGAAAUUAACUACUGUCGAGUGGUGUGAUUUGUUAUUUAUUUUGUCCGCUACUAGGAAGUACAUCAGUUGGUUGUAGAGUGGGGGUCCAGAACCAAAAGAAGGCUUGAUGCUUAUUGUUCAUCACAAUGUCUACGUGCUUAAUUGCUUAUUCAUUUCUUUA